AUAGAAUUUUCAUGAAGCUGGAAGGGUCAAGAUUCAAUGAUACAAAGGAUUAUGGUUAUGAACAGAAUUUAGUUACCAAUAUUGUAGAGUUCUUAUGGCAACCGGGAGAAUCAGGUUAUCAACAUGUCUGGCCGGAUAUGAAACUUGGGUGGCAAAUAGUUGUGGGCACAAUAAUAGGUUUCUGUGGAGCAGCAUUUGGAAGUGUAGGAGGUGUUGGUGGUGGUGGUAUAUACGUUCCUAUGCUUACUCUCAUUAUUGGGUUUGAUCAGAAAUCAUCCACAGCUAUCUCAAAAUGUAUGAUAAUGGGUGCAGCAUUGUCAAGUGUUCACUAUAACCUUAAACUGAGGCAUCCUACAAUGAAUGCUCCUAUGAUUGACUAUGAUUUGGCACUGCUCAUUCAACCAAUGCUCAUGCUUGGCAUAAGCAUUGGAGUGAUUUUUAAUGUUAUAUUUCCUGAAUGGAUAGUCACCAUUUUGCUUCUUGUUCUUUUCUUAGGAACAUCAACAAAAGCAUUCCUUAAGGGUGUUGAAACAUGGAAAAAGGAAACAAUAAUGAAAAAGGAAGCUAUAAGGAGACUAGAGUCAAACGGCGCUGCGUCUGAAGUAGAAUACAGACCAAUUCCUACUGGCCCUGAUGCCAUUAAACACAUCGAGAAGCAUGAGGUGACUCUUAUUGAAAACGUAUGUUGGAAUGAAUUUGGACUUCUUGUUCUAGUUUGGAUUUUAUUCCUUGCAAUACAAAUUACCAAGAACUACUAUACAACCACUUGUUCAACAUCAUAUUGGGUAUUGGAAGGGUUACAGAUUCCAGUUGCAUUAGGGGUGUGUGUAUAUGAGGCGGUUUCAUUGUAUAAGGGAAGGAGAACACUUUCAUCCAUAGGAGAAAGAGGAACAAAUUUCACUGUGUUUCAACUAAUCACAUAUUGUUUCUUUGGAGUGGUUGCUGGAGUGGUUGGUGGCUUGCUGGGUCUUGGUGGAGGAUUCAUAAUGGGACCACUCUUUCUUGAGUUGGGGGUCCCACCUCAGGUUUCAAGUGCCACUGCCACAUUUGCCAUGACCUUUUCCUCUUCUAUGUCUGUCGUACAGUACUACCUCUUGAAACGGUUUCCGGUUCCUUAUGCUUUAUACUUCACUUUGGUUGCUACAAUUGCAGCCGUUGUAGGACAACAUAUUGUGAGAAGGCUUAUUGACAUAUUUGGAAGAGCCUCUCUCAUCAUCUUUAUAUUAGCAUCUACAAUAUUUAUUAGUGCAGUUACACUAGGUGGAGUCGGCAUCUUAACUAUGAUUGAAAAGUUCAAAAGUCAUGAAUAUAUGGGAUUUGAUAAUCUCUGCAAGUAUGGUAUAUAAUUUUCAAUGGAAGAAGAUUAUUUUCUGAUACGUACUUACAUCAUCCAAUAGGG